AUGAAGAGGGAGGUGGGGGUGAGGAUGGAGGAGAGUCAGGGGGGAGUGUGGAGAGACGUGUGGGAGGAAGAGGAGGAAGACUUCAGGAGGUGUCGAGCCGCUGCCGGCACGUCACGAUUUCACAACCACAGAAACCUGCAGCUGUGCUUCAUCAACAACAGCGACAGCGAGGAAGAGGAGGAUGGAGCCAACAGAAAGGUUUCCAUGGGAACGGGGCGCAACGGUUGCCACGCCUCUGGGCUGAAACAGGAAGUGGCCACCGCUCUGAGGACGCUGAGAGACAAACUGCUGGCUGAGCAGAAGGAGAAGGAGCGUCUGGUCGGCAGCAGCGGUGUUGCCAAGCGGAAACAUCUGGAGCGUUGGGAGCUGCAGGAUCGUUCGGUGCAGCAGCUCAGCAGCUUGAGAGCAUCACUUCAACAGGACGUACAUGCUCUGAGCUCCGAGCUGGUCGCCCACCUGCUGGUACGAGACCAGCUGAGGACGAAGCAGGACGCCAUGCUGCUGGACGUCCAGGACCUGACCUAACACCAGGACCACGGACCGGACGGUCCGCACAAACUCAGCCAAGCUGUUGAGUUUUCUCCACGUCCACGAGGACCUUUCUCUGGGACCAGGUGGGGCUGCUCGUCCACAUCAUCCCAGGAGUCGUUUACUUCAACAAAACGUUAGCCAACAUGCUAAUUUAUCAAAACUGGCAAAUCACCAGCGUCUGGAGCAACAUGAGGGAGAUACGAGAGGACGGUCAACAUGGAGGGAAAUUAAAUAACCCAAAAAGUGGUGCAGCGUCGCUCUGACAUGGGAUCACAGGAUUGAAACAAACAGCAGUUAUGUGAUCGACGGGAUGAAUCUUCAACACACGAUCAAAGGAAAGUUCGGAUGAGAGUUGGAACAUGACGACAGGUUGACAAGAAGAUGAGAAGGAGAACCAACCACCAACAGACAGAACGUCACUGGUUCAAAUCAACAAAGACUUCAGUUUGACUGUUGAGAAGCCGAAUCCGUUCGUCAACAUCUCCGACCUCGGAACCUGCCGAAACAAACACAACGCAGCUCUUCAGCACAGAUCCUGUCAUCAUGUUUCCUAAACUGCACUCAGCCAUUUAAUCCAGUGUUGCAGUGUAAGUGCUUCGGUCUAUUAAGCUACUCAGGAUCUGUGUUUUCAGUUUUUUUGCAAUUGUAUCUGGAAUAGAAGGAGGAGGCUGAGAGAGGAAAUAGACGCCAGUAUACGUAAGAGAGUAAUUCUGGGUGACCAGUUCUUACAGAGAAGAAAACUAGAUAUAGUUUCCAUCAUCCGUUGGUUAUUAGCAGACGACACUAUGGUUACGAAUAACAUCAAAGGAUUUGGAUAUGCGGAGGAUAAUUUAUGUCUGGAUUUACAGAUGCUUCAGAAUCGAUUACAAUAUUUGUUUCUUCAAAAUUCUGUUUCAUUAUCACAGAGCACGAACGCUGCAAGUGUCUCACUUCCACACUGACCCACUUAGUUAAUCCUGGGCGGAGUAAAGAUCACAUACGUACAUCUCAGAGAGACAGAUGCAUUUACACAAACUGGUUUGGAUUUCAAUCUCUUGUUUGCAUUGGUUGCAUCUGCACUUGGAUCUUUUGAUAUCCGAUAGCUUCCCAUGAUGCACGAGGUGACAGAGCGUAAACCGGGAGUGUGUUAGGGACCCAAACAAAAGCAUUAGCAUCAUUACAAGACACGCUGCACCGACAGCACCUGAAACAACAAUCUAGUUGUAAAAGAUGAGGGUGUGGUGAAGUGGUAAAUCUUAAAGGCCCCAAAAACCUAUUUUCUCAAUCAGCUUUCUACUAUCAACAAUGGGAUCGUUGAACACAUGAAAACACUAUUUUCUGAGCAAGUUUGAGCAGUUUUUGUCGUUUUACUUAAGAAAUUGAUAAUUGAUGUCAGUGUCCUCUGACUUGUUUGAAGUGGGCAGGACAUGUGUUUCCUUCCAUCAGUCAAACUUUAAGCAAUACUCUACUGGCCAUCGUCAAUCAAAUGUGAUAAAACCACACUCACACAGUUCUGAGGAAGCAGAUUAGCUCAGGUUGUUCAUGCAUUAAGAUUAAUAAGUAAUAAGUAUUGAUGUUUUUUGACAAACUUUAAUUUUAAAUGUUGCUUAUUUAGUCAUAAAUAUUUAAUGUAAAGGAAGAAAAACGUGGUUUUCAAGGCCUUUAAGAUGCACUCAAGAAACAAAUGCUCGGGUUGUUGAAGAAAAAAGGAUGAAAUCUUUAAUCAUGUACAAAAAAAAAGUGGAAUUUAUGAUAAAAAUCUUUCUUCUUUACUUGGUCAAACAAUCUAGUUUUAACAGCUGUUUUUCUAUAAACUUUAGAGUAGGACACAGAAAUGUGACGGUGGCGUCUGUGCAUUUGAAUUGUGUGAUAUUUCUCAGGUAGAAACUCCAGUAGUGAGUCUGAGUACGUUUUGAUUUGAGGGGAACCACAACUGAAUGAAAAGUUUUUGGGAUCAAAUUUUAUACUGAGCUCAGUUUUAGAAAUCAUUUUUAAUUUAAGCGUUUCCACUAAAUAGAAAAGUCCAUAUUGUUUUACUUUCUUACCUUCAUUCUCUAAAACUGUUUUUUGACAAAAGUGAAAUGCUAUCGGAAAAAAGGGCAGGAUUUCUAACUUAUGUUAUUUAAGUUUUAUUGUGUUUUUUACAUUAUUACUUUUGCCUGUUAUUAUAAGAAGGGAACAGACACUCAUACAGCAUUUGUAGCAAGACAACUGAUACCUUUUUGUUUUGUUGUUAUUUUUCCUAAAAACACAGAACAAAUAAACAAAAGGGGAAUUUCACCAAAUUUAGUUUAGAUAUAUGUUGUCAUGACUGAGCUAAUGCACCACUCUCAGACAGUCCUGUGUAGCUGAGAUAAGAAGGAAAAUAGUUCAUAUUUGAUAUUAGGUACAAGAACAAGGCCGUCCAUUUGUUCUAUAAGUUUAGAAGCAAUUACAUUCGUUGAGCUGCCUUUUUAAAUGACUUUACAAGUUAUAAUAUUGAUGUUAAACAAAUGCAUAUAACAUUGAAAGAGUUUAGAAAUUUUGGUGGCAUUCCUCUUUAACUGAUGCUAAACACUUCAGGUACAGGCAGGAAUUAUGCUAUUGUUUACUUGUAAGAAAUGCAAGGGAAUAAUCCACUUCAUAUAGCCAAGUGUAUGUGAUGACGUACAUCAAAUAUUGCUGCCGUGUUUUGAGUUUUCUUCUUUUAACCUGAUGAUGUCACCACAUGGUUUUCCACCUUGAGACCACGCUGCUUUUUUAAGCUCCUGAACAUUUUUGAGGAUGUGUUUAUAUAUAACUGCAGCAAUUAACCUUUGGUUUAUACACCAGCCAAGGACAUUUACAUUAUUUAAAAUGUGGCUUUUAUAAACCACCACUAGCAAUGUCCUCUAGUGCCUUACAAAGAAGUUAUAUUUUGAUACUGAUUAUUUCCACAUUUUCUCACAUUGAUCUGUGAUAAGAAUGAAUGUCAUAUUAAUGGAGGGCAAUGUACUGUAAAGGGACAAUGUCUUUGUUAACUUUUUUAUUCACAUAUAUAUAUUUAAAGUCACACUGAAACGUUUUUAUGAGAGUGUUGAAGUAAUGAAGCUUAAUGUGAUGUUUCCUCUGGAAACUUUAUGUCAGUGUGGUGUGUAACAAAGUGAAGGAUCAUUCAGACAAUAAUAAGAGGAAUAUUUGUCCUGAACAAAGAGAACAGAUUGUUUUUCGUUUCACUGUGACUUUAGAGAUGUAUUUUAAAAUGUAAGUAAAAUUAAUUACAAAUGUAUUUGUGAAUGUAAACAUUAAUUUUGAAAUAUAU